AUGGCCGGUGACGAUGGUUUGCUGAGGAAAGGACUGGUGACUCACGCCAAAGACGGCACAGCUUUCGGUUUUUGGAUUUGUUUCCGCGAAAUUUACAAAUGUGACAAUCCAUAUGUUAACGUUAAGGAUGUUGCAAAGCUUGGUGGUGAAAAGUGGAAGUCUUUCACUAAUGAAGAGAAGAAAGUUUAUAGGGAUAAAGCUGCUGAACUUAUGGAAAAAUAUAAUAAGUCACUUCUUGAUGGUGAUGAUGAUGAUGAAGAGGAGGAUGAGGAGGAGGAAACUGAUGAUGCUGAGGAGAAACAAGCUGAUGAAGUUGUAAACAAAAAAGAUGCACUAAAUGGGUGUCAAACAGGAAGAGGUAGAGGACGUAGAGGUAGAGGUAGACGCAGAAAAUUUAGAGUUAGAGGAAGUCGUGGUUGGUUAGGUGUGUUUGGCUAA